GUGCUUGGCGCAAGAGAGCAUGCUGAAGGACUGGAAGAUUGUGACGAAAGGUAGAAAAGGAUUUAUCAGGAGGACUCCUGUUUGAACACGGGAUGUCUGGCUCUGAGGAGUUCGAGGGCAGUGUGCCACCUCUGGGCGACGAUAUUCCCGAAGAGGACUGGGAUGCAGCAAAUGCGGAUGGAGCGACAGGAACGGAAGAAGAUGAUGGGGAUCUCGAGAGUUAUGACACCGAAGACGAGGAUCCUCUUCCAGAUGAUGAUCUGGGUGAGACGGAUGCCGAGAAAGCAGAGAUAGCACGCAAAGAACGUGAGCGCCUGCGCUCGCAAGCGAAGCAUAAGAAGGAUCAGCUCGAGAAGGUCAGGGAUCUGCAGAAUCAGGACACAGCCAUCGGAGAGGGGAGGGGCAGGCAUGGCGCCAAGUACACAGAGGAGAUGGAGGAUGCAGAUCUGCUCAAGGAUGAGGUGGGUGGCAGCGAACAUGUGGCCCACCGCCUCAUGCAGCAGCCCAGCGUCAUCAAGCACGGCAUCAUGCGCGAGUACCAGAUGCAGGGCCUCAACUGGCUCAUCCACCUGUACGACAACGGCAUCAACGGCAUCCUGGCCGACGAAAUGGGGCUGGGCAAGACGCUGCAGACCAUCUCGCUGCUGGGAUACCUGCAAGAGUACCGCGGCAUCCACGGGCCUCACAUGGUGAUCGUGCCCAAGUCCACGCUGCACAACUGGAUCAACGAGUUCCGCAAGUGGUGCCCCUCCAUCCGCGCCGUCAAGUUCCAUGGCAACCAGGAGGAGAGGGCGUACCAGAGGGAGCAGACUGUUGCAGUGGGCAAGUUUGAUGUGGUGGUGACCAGCUACGAGAUGGUGAUCAAGGAGAAGAACCACUUCAAGAAGUUCCACUGGCGCUACAUCAUCAUUGAUGAGGCCCACCGCAUCAAGAACGAGAACUCCAUCCUAUCCCGGGUGGUGAGGACGUUCAAGACGAACUACAGGCUGCUCAUCACAGGGACGCCUCUGCAGAACAACCUGCACGAGCUAUGGGCGCUGCUCAACUUCCUGCUGCCGGAGGUGUUCUCCAGCGCUGAGAAGUUCGACGAGUGGUUCAACGUUCAGGACAAGGACUCCGAGGCCGAGGUGGUCAGCCAGCUGCACAAGGUGCUGCGGCCCUUCCUGCUGCGGCGGCUGAAGAGUGAUGUGGAGAAGGGCCUGCCGCCCAAGAAGGAGACCAUCCUCAAGAUUGGCAUGAGCGAGAUGCAGAAGAAGUUCUACGCUGCACUCCUGCAGAAGGACAUUGACGCCAUCAACGGAGGCGCGGACAGGUCUCGGCUGCUCAACAUCGUGAUGCAGCUGCGCAAGUGCUGCAAUCACCCCUACCUGUUCCAGGGUGCCGAACCAGGGCCGCCCUACACAACGGGCGAGCACCUUGUCGAAAACUCAGGGAAGCUGGUGCUGCUGGACAAGCUGCUGCCGAAGCUGCAGUCGCGCGACUCGCGUGUGCUGAUCUUCAGCCAGAUGACGCGUCUGCUGGACAUCCUGGAGGACUACUGCCUCUACCGCGGCUACAAGUACUGCCGCAUCGAUGGUAACACCUCUGGAGAGGACCGCGAGUCGCAGAUCGAUGGCUUCAACGCAGAGGGCAGCGAGAAGUUCAUCUUCCUGCUGUCCACGCGUGCCGGAGGCCUCGGCAUCAACCUCUACACCGCAGACAUUGUGGUGCUGUUCGACUCGGACUGGAACCCGCAGAUGGAUCUGCAGGCCAUGGACCGCGCGCAUCGCAUCGGGCAGAAGAAGGAGGUGCAGGUGUUCCGGUUCUGCGUGGAGAACAGCAUCGAGGAGAAGGUGAUCGAGAAGGCCUACAAAAAGCUGCGCCUGGACGCGCUGGUCAUCCAGCAGGGGCGCCUCACCGAGAACACCAAGACUGUCAACAAGGAUGACCUCCUCUCCAUGGUCCGCUACGGCGCUGAAAUGGUCUUCUCCUCCGAGGCGGCCAACAUCACGGACCAGGACAUCGACGCCAUCAUCCAGAAGGGUAUGCGCGCUACGAAUGAGCUGAACGAGAAGAUGAAGCAGUACACGGAAAACGCAAAGGCCUUCACGCUGGACGGCGGCUUCAACGCCUACGAGUACAAGGACGAGGAUGACGUCCCUGAAGAGCUCCCCAACUUCAAGCAGCUUGCCGGCUCCAACUGGAUCGACCCGCCCAAGCGCGAGCGCAAGCGCGUGGACUUCCAGUUCUUCAACGUGCCGCGUCUGACAGAGAUCUUUGACAAGGAGCAGGCAUACGAGCUGUUCAAGCACGCGCAGUCCCAGAAGGAGACCGCUGCUCGAGCGCAGGGAGCGUCGGAAGAUGUGGUGCAGGCGCAGAUAGCGCCCGCGCCGGACGAUCCGCAGCCGCUGGGCGAGGAGGAGAUCGAGGAGAAGGAGCAGCUGCUGUCCGAGGGCUUCUCCAACUGGAACCGCCGCGACUUCAACGCCUUUGUGCGCGCCUGCGAGAAGUACGGGCGGAAUUCGCUGGCGGAGAUCACGCGGGAGGUGGACGGCAAGACCGAGGAGGAGGUCAGCACCUACAGCAAGACCUUCUGGAAGCGCUACAAGGAGCUGUCCGACUGGGAGCGUGUCAUCAAGAACAUCGAGCGUGGAGAGCAGCGCAUCCAGAGGCAGCAGGACAUCAUGACGGCCAUCGCGGCCAAGAUGGAGCGCUACAAGAACCCCUGGCAGGAGCUCAAGCUGCAGUACGGCGCCAACAAGGGCAAGGCCUACACAGAGGAGGAGGACCGCUUCAUCCUGUGCAUGGUGCACAAGCUGGGCUAUGGCGCCUGGGACGAGCUCAAGGCUGAGAUCAGGCGCUCCUGGCGAUUCCGCUUCGACUGGUUCUUCAAGUCCCGCAUGCCCCAGGAGCUGGCGCGGCGGUGCGACACGCUGAUCCGUCUGGUGGAAAAGGAGAAUGAGGAGAACGAGGCGGCCGAGCGCGAGGAGCGCAAGAAGACAGGCGGCCCCGGCCGCAAGAGCGCUGCGUCGCGCGCUGCCACCGACGUCUCCGGCAGCGCCCCCGUGCGCAAGCGCCGCGCCUCAGGCGCCGCCGGAGGCCCCGCCACCAAGAAACGCUCGGCUGCCGGGGGCGUCUCUGCGGCCGCCACACCCACUCCGCCCCCUGGGGGAGACGAGUAG